AUUUCCUUAAAUAGUACCAAAGGAAAGAGGAUGGAACCAGAAAAUACUGCCAAGGAAACAGUCCUCAUUACUGGAGGAGGUGGUUAUUUUGGCUUCCGUUUAGGUUGUGCCAUAUACCAAAAGGGAGUCGAUGUGAUUCUCUUUGAUGUUGUGAAGCCACUUCAAACUGUGCCAGAGGAAAUAACGUUCGUGCAAGGGGAUGUCUGUUGCCUGUCUGAAGUUGAAGAGGCUCUUAGAGAUGUAAUCUGCGUAUUCCAUAUCGCUUCCUAUGGAAUGUCUGGCAGGGAGCAGCUGAACCGAAAACUUAUAGAAGAUGUUAAUGUGAAAGGAACAGAAAAUGUCAUCCAAGCCUGCAAGAGCGCAGGAGUGUCGAGUCUGGUUUAUACAAGUACAUAUAAUGUGGUAUUUGGAGGCCAGAUUAUAGAAAAUGGGGACGAAUCUCUGCCUUAUCUCCCUCUUCACCUUCAUCCAGAUCACUAUUCCCGGACCAAAUCUUUAGCUGAAAUGAAGGUGCUGGAGGCAAAUGGUGCUGAGCUUGGAAAUGGGAAGGGUGUUUUAAGGACUUGUGCUCUCCGACCAGCGGGCAUCUAUGGGCCUGGAGAACAAAGACAUCUUCCAAGAAUAGUUAGUUACAUUGAAAGGGGACUGUUUAAAUUUGUAUAUGGAGAUCCUCUUAGUUUAGUAGAAUUUGUACACGUAGACAAUCUAGUUCAGGCUCAUAUCCUUGCCUCUGAGGCCCUCAAAGCCAACAAAAAGCACAUAGCUGCAGGCCAAGCCUAUUUUAUUUCAGAUGGCAGGCCUGUAAAUAACUUUGAAUUUUUCCGACCGUUAGUGGAAGGUUUAGGUUACAAGUUCCCAACCUGUCGUCUUCCUCUCUCCCUUGUCUAUUUUUUUGCAUUCCUUACUGAAGUAGUUCAUUUUCUUGUAGGUCACAUUUAUAAUUUUCAGCCUCUCCUCACUCGCACAGAGGUUUACAAAACCGGUGUCACACAUUAUUUUAGUAUGGAAAAGGCCAGAACAGAGCUGGGGUAUGAGCCGCAGCAAUACAGCCUGAACGAAGUGGUUGAGUGGUUUAGAGCUCAGGGAUGUGGACCAAAGCCAAGAAAGUAUAUGCAUUGUCUUAGGGAUGGAGGACUGCUUUUGCUGCUCAUUGCUGUGAUGGUCUCAUGGUUUCCAUCUGCAGUUACAUUUUCACUCUGAAAGAUGAAACACUGAGUACUGGAGGACAGAAUUUAGUCAUGUUCUCUGAGUACUCUUGGUUUUGAAAGACAGGUAAUAAAUAAAAAAUA